AUGGAUCGGAAGAGGAAGGAUGCAAUUAAGAAAAUAGAGAACGAGCAAGAGAGGCUAGCUGAAUUCGAGAGGCGUCGUAAGGAACUCCAGGAGGAAGCUUGUGCUAUCAGUAGUGAAACCGGUGCAGAAAUCGACUUAGUUGGUUUCACCCCAGAUGGCAGGACUUUCAAUUUUGGUAGUACAUCUGAUGGUAAAAUGUAUGAUCGAUUCAUCAGUGAAGAGAAAGUUAACGAGAUGAUUGCUGCAAAUCAGAAUCAGGAGAUGAUACCAAAUGAGGAAAGUGAGAGUGAAGAAGAGGAGAGUGAUGGGUUUUGGUGGAAUAACAUAGACAUCAAUAAACUGGAUACUGUAGAGGAGGUGGAGGCUCUGAAGAAGGCAUUGCUGGAAGUGAAAAAGAAAGUAAGCGAGAGGAAACAGAAACUAGUAUCAGGAGCUGCAGCAGUGAUAACUUUUGUUUGCACCCCUGAUGAAGCAUUUUCGGUUCUGGGUGGUGAUAUAAUAUUUGCUAUUGGGAGCCCUUUCAAGGAUGUGGAUCCAGGUACGAGUAUUUCAGAUGCUAUGUAA